AUGUUUCGGAUAUUCGCUGUUAUCUUCCUACACCUGACUGGAAUAUGUCUUGCGCAGAACUCCUCGCUGCCCAAAGACUGCCCUAUCGAUAUCCGACGCAUUGAUGAGGGCUACUUGAUCUACAACUCAACGCGCACAGCACGUGCCAGAUUCGCCAGACAAAACCGGCCAUGGUACAUAACCGCCUCUGUAACCGACAGACGUGGACCAAAUAUCGUAUUUGGAGAUGUCGACACCCUUCAAGAGGUCGGUGUUUUUAUAAGCGUUCAUAAAACACUUGCAGAUCCGCGAUAUCCGGCCGGAAGAGAUAUACGGCUCUGCUCAUCCAUGUUGAAGGCUUCAAACAGGACCUCUGAGAAUCCGCCAGAUAUUGAUGCUCCUGAAAACAUAACAUACGCAAAGCAUUCGUGCAAAGGCGUCAUUAGCGAGAAAUGCAUCAGGGAAUUCGAGAACGCCACGUAUACUGCCACGGGGCGUCCUCGUAAAUGUCCGGGUCUGCAGUCUCUGGACUUCAGCGACGAAUGCAAGGAGUACAUUGGCCACAGCCAAACCAUCCCCCGAAAUUUCUCCUCGGCGCGUUGUUCGGUAGAUAAGAUGCCAUAUGUUGAUCUGCCGGAAGAUUACAUAACUUUUGACAUUGGCUUGGGGGUUGGGAUUUUCGGUGAUGAGGAUCGCAAAGAUUUUGAUACGUAUGAUCUGAGGGUUCAGCAGACCAUCCCGUUGCUAUUCUCAGCAUCACCGGGUGCUGGAAAGAAUACGCUGAUAUGUAUUGCCCCGGAUCAGGUUAUUCCGGGUAGUCGAAAGCCACAGUUGGAGCUGGAAGGGGAGGCCGAAGAGCCGGAGGAAGAUGAAGAGCCAGAGGACGAUGAGAACUUGGCAUCGCGAGUUGGAGGUUUGGGGGCUUCUGUCUUUCUUGGUGUUGGCGCCAUCAUCUUUAGUCUUCUGUAG